CGUGCGAUGAUUUUUUACGACUUUCGACGUGGAUUAUCACAACAAGAGUGCGUCAAUCAACUUAAUUUGACUUUUGGCGAUGAAGCUCCAUCAAAAACCACUGUGUAUCGCUGGUAUAGUGAAUUCAAUCGUGGUCGUAGUUCGCUGUCCGACGAGUUUCGUGAAGGUCGUCCAAAAUCGACUGUAGUGCCAGAAAACAUCGAUGCUGUGCACGAAAUGAUUAAGCAAGAUCGUCAUGUAACCUAUUGUGAGAUUGAGGCAUCCCUAAGCAUUAGUUCCACCAGCAUAUAUGCGAUUUUACAUGAACACUUAGUUGUGCGAAAAUUAUGUUCACGUUGGAUCCCACAUAAUUUGACAAUCGCUCAAAAAAAAAAAAGGCUCGUGUCGAUUGGAAUAAAUGCUUUGAAAAUUGGUUUAAGCGCAUGCAAAAGUGUAUCGAUCAUCGUGGCGAGUACUUUGAAAAACAAUAAAAAUAUAUUCGCAGCUUAACUAUUUGUUUUUGUUCCUAUUCCCGAAAUAUAAAUAGUGACCCACCCUAUUACUAGAUCCUCGUCCCCAAAGAAUCAUACUGCUCCACCGAGAUACAUUCCUGCACUCCUACUAAAAACUUUUCCAAGGAAAAUUAAUUGCUAGUUCUAAACAAAUUGUCUAACGUAUUGCCACCGGUGCAGAAGGGUGACACGAUCGGAAGCUCGACAUAUGCUGCACGGGAUAGAUUAGGCCAUAACCGUUUGCGUUGUUUAUUUAUGGUGGGCUGAAUGCCGAACAGAACAGCAUAACAAACAUCGUAGCAGUUGUGAGGAACAAGUCUGUUUGACCAGAACGCGACAUCGGACGAUUAGCGGCGUGAAUGGAUCGGUAAACAGUGGCGAAGUGUGUUUUUGCUCCUAAUAUUAUGGGAAUUUAUGUGAUUUUAAAUUGAUUUGUAUCGCUCCGGUGGAAGCGAGUCCCAGUGAAAUUAUGACAACGAAGAAAUGCAGAAGGAAUCUACCAAAGAGUACAGUGCGCAUUGACAGUGUAGUGAAACUGAAAUAAUGUGAUUUAUUGUAUCGAGCAGCAGAUAACCGAGAAAUAAGUAGCCAACUCAAUUAACGCGCCGAGGAUCGCGUCGAAAGAUCGUUUAUCAGACAAACCAAUAAUGGAAGGAACUAAUAAACGCCUUCUUGUUCUGUUCGCGCUCUGUCUAUUUCUCACAGUCAUCGAUGCUGUUAAGGUAUCGUUUUACGGUGCCAGCCAUAUAGCGAUGCCACUGCAGGAAUCCAAAAUAUCUACAAACAUACGGUUGCGGUUCCGGUCCCGCCAAGACAACGCCCUGAUUCUGCUGACUGCCGGUCGCACCGAUUACUCACUGCUCAGCAUCGACGGCGGACGAAUUCGGUUCAGCUUCAAGAUUGAUGAGUAUCAAACCGAUUUAUGGUCACCCGUUACUUUGAAGUUCAACGACCUCCAGUGGCACGAUAUAUCGAUCUCCCGAUACGCAGCCAACCUUACCAUGCAGAUAGACGAGUACUUUACUACGAAAACGUUGCCGGAGGAGGUAACCGAGCUGAAUGUUCACUUCGGGGUAUUCAUUGGAGGCGUCGGAGAAUAUUCGGCUACAUAUCUUGGAACAUCUGAAAACUUCAGAGGAUGCAUAGCUGAUAUCUUCUACAAUAAUAUAAACAUUUUCAAGCGAGCCAGGGAGCGCACAGGACACGUAACCAACGAGCGCGUUUCGUGGAUAUGUGCGCCUGAGUUCGACGCUGACGUGGCAACGCCGAUCAGCUUUCUGGACGACGAGAGUUAUGUAAUUUUACAAAAACCGACCUCACGAACCGGUGAUCGAUGGAGUAUGGAAUUUCGAACGAACGAGCCGUUUGGGAUGCUGCUGAGCAACAUUCCAACGAGCGCCAGGUAUGACUUUAUGGCGCUGGAGAUCGUGGAGAGUCAAGUGCGGUUGCUUGUUGGGAAAGGGUCGAACGCCGUGGAGCUGAUUCCCGAUCGCAACGUUUCGGACGGCAAGUGGCACAAUAUUUCGCUGAGCUAUAGCCCCAUGCUUGUUGAUAUAAUGGUGGACGAUGUGGUUAACAGUGCCACGUUCGCAAACGGUAGCAGUCAGAUGAUCGAAUUAGAAGAAGAGUUCUACAUUGGUGGCUUCGACAGUCGCAAGAAGCGGAAGGCAUUCCUGAAGGGAGCCCGCUCAACCGAAUCUAGUCUGAAAGGCUGCAUUAGAAAUAUGGUUUCGGAUGACCAUGCUGUUGGGUUUCCGAACUACAAAGUUACCCAUGGUAUCACAGUGGACUGUGUUUGGAGAUACCCUUGCAUUGAGAAGCAACCGUGUAUUCCAACUGGACACUGUCACCACCAGGGAAUCAACGAUUUCAUAUGUUAUUGUGAUCAAGCGUAUUGCAUAAAGGCGGAUUACCCGGAAAGUUUCAAAAUUUUCUCCAGAGCAGAGCAGGUCAUCCACAAGGAGCUCAUGAUGAUAAAUCCAAUGGAUGUUUUAGAAGGAGGAAUCACUUUCCUCUCACCGAAAUGUAUUGAAGUAUUAUUUGAUUUCACCAAAUCUGGAAUUCAAGAGGCAGGAAUAAUAUUCCACAUUAUCCAACCACCAAAACACGGCAGAGUCACGAUCCAUUCGUAUGGUACUGAAGGCAACGCAUCUGCUACGCAAAUGAAGUUCUUCUCACACAUAGAUCUAACAACGGAUAAGGUCAAGUACACCCAUGAUGGAGCGGAACAUCCGAGUGACCACAUGACUAUUGAUAUGCAGUUGGUUUCAGCUACCCGAAAUGCAUUACCAAAGUAUUUGGAAGGCAAACAUCGAUUUGUGCUACACGUGAACGUCACUCCAGUCAACGAUCCUCCGGUGUUAAGGUUACCAUCGAACAAACUUCUUCGUGUCACUCAGGGAAUUCCGAAGGUCAUUGGGUCAGACUUUUUGCAAGCGGAUGAUCCUGACAGUCCGCCGGAUACAUUAAUCUACACCAUUUUGAUGAGUCCGAACUCGGAAGCACAACAGGAUCGAGUGGAGUUGAACGGGAGAGCCGUUGCUACCUUCUCACAGUCAGACGUGAACGCUGGCUUGGUAACGUAUUUAAUUAACUCUCGAGGAGCGGAGGAUACCUCUUUUGAGCUAAAUAUUCAAGUAUCGGAUGGUAUGGAAACUAGUCCAGCGAACUCCAUACGGGUUUCAGUGCUGCCACUUCAAUUGCGUAUGAUGAACAAUACUGGUUUGGUGUUGAUCCACAAGUCGUCCUCGUUGAUUACACCAUACAAUUUGUCCUUCGUGCCGAACUCAGAUGAUGAGAAUGUAGAUAUGAGAUUCGACGUAGUUCAACCACCGGUAUACGGGAGCUUGCAAAAGCUACGAUCUGUGGAUUCCUCUUGGAUUUCGGUCGACUCGUUUAGCAGUAAUCAACUGCUUCUCGGGCAGAUACGAUACCUACAUUCGUCGGAUUUACCACUACACGAUGAAUUCAAGUUUACAGUAACUCUUGGUCCAGUGACAACCUCGACGUACGACUUCCGAAUCUCCUUCACUAAACUCCGAAUUGGAAUCGUUCGACAGAAUAAUAUGUACAUCAACACCAAAGAUAACACAAUCCGGGCGGAUUACCUGUUUCAUCAAACCAGUCCCAUUCCAACGUACGCACGCAACAUUAUCUACACCGUCGUUAUACCGCCGAAGUUCGGUAUCAUCUACGUGGAUGGACAUCCAGAGUACGCCAAGCCGGGGGAUUCCUUCACCCAGCAGGAAGUCGAUAAAAACCUCAUCAAAUACCGCACCUACCAGUCCUCCUACGGGAACUUCAUCGACACGUUCGAGUUUAUCGUGUCGGUUCCCGAGUGCGAUGAUGUCCAAGGGAAGCUCGAUUUCAUUUACAGCCCACCGAAUACCCUGUCGAAGCAGAUUAUCUACCAGAAGCGUGAAAAGCUGUACGUGCACGAGGGAAACAAAACGGCGCUGUCGCGUACAAACUUUGAGGUACUUUUCAACAAAUUCAGCUAUCUGACGUUCAACUUAACACACUACCCAAAACACGGGGGCCUCUGUAAGGUCAAUCCGAGGACGCAUGAGGCGAGAGAGAUAUUCUCAUUCACGUUGCAGUAUUUGUACCUCGGCGAUAUUUAUUACUGUCACGAUGACUCAGAAUCGAAGGAGGAUAGUUUUCGACUGCUGAUACUGUCCGAUAACGAGACGGAUUUCCAGUUCGUCUGCGAGAUUCAGGUUGAGAUCACCCUGUUGAACGACAACGGGCCAUAUCGGGUGUUCGAUAAGGUGUUUCAUAUCGUUAGGGAUGAGAACAAGCUUUUGACAUCGGCUGAUUUGAAGUAUGCCGAUCCGGAUAUCGAGACCAGAAGAACUGAUCUCGAGUAUAGAUCGGUGGGGUGCACCAAUGGGGAGUUGUUAAAAAAUGGAAAAAUUGUGGAAUUAUUCAACCAGGAUGAUCUCGACAGCGACAGACUUUUAUUUCAGCACAAUGGAACGGACCAUGGGAAGCUCUCGUUCAUCGUGACGGAUGGGCUGUACGAAGUACCGGGAGCAAUGGAAAUUGAGGCGUCCGACCCGUUUUUGAAAAUACGGGAGAGUAAUGCAUCGAUCGUCCAGGAAGGUCGCGCCGUGCUUCUGACACUGAGUGAAUUAAAUGUGGACACAAAUUUGAAUGCUAAACCGGAGGAAAUUGAGUAUAGAGUGAUAAACGAACCAAGCAAUGGGUUAUUAAAGUUGUUCAGAGCCAAAUUCAAUGCUACGCAGUUACAUAAAAUCAGCAAUGCCAGUACAAUUAUGAACUUCAGCCAAGCGGACAUCCUGGGGGAACGGCUUGUUUACUGGAACAGAGAGGUAGCCUCCAUGGAUAAAAUCAAGUACCGAGUCGUUACGAAGGGUGUUUGGGCGGAGGGCGAAAUUAUGGUUCGUAUUUAUCCCCCCGCAUACUGGGAACCGCUGAGGAUUAGACGGAAUCAAACUCUAUUCGUCGAAGAAUCGACGAGUGUCAUCAUAUCUAGAGAUAUACUGGAGAUCGUUCAUCCAAACAUAUCCCCUGGAGAUAUUACGUACUUAGUGACCACUCAACCUCAGCACGGAUAUCUUGAAAUCCAAUCGAUCACUUCGGAUGACGAGUACAACUCGAAGGUAUUUGACCAGUCAACAAUCAACUCAGAGAAAAUGUUCUACAUUCAAGCUGGAGUUAAUCAAUCUUCCGAUUACUUCACGUUCGAUGUUACCAACGGGAUCACAUGGUUGCGUGAUUUGAUCAUGCGAAUAGUGAUCAUUCCCGAGCACUUGUAUAUCAAGACGAAUACUAUUGUUGUGGAGGAAGGAAAAACUGUGAAAAUCCAACCCAGCGAUAUCACGUCUUAUUCAGAGUAUUACAACGGGAAGAUUCUGGAGUACAAAAUACUCGAGCAUCCGCUGCACGGUAGCAUUAAGUCUGGGAAAUCGUCCAAGGUUAAUCGAUUCACCCAGAAACAGCUGGAGGGCGGCGUUAUUACGUACGUACAUAACGGUAGCGAGAAUUCGUCGGAUACGAUCCGGUUGGUGGCUCUCGGAAGAAACAAGGAAAGCGUCCCUUUCAAUCUGAACAUUCAGAUCUUGCCGGUAAACGAUGAGGUCCCGCAGGUGGUUACAAACACCGGAAUGCAUAUGUGGAUCGGCGGGAAGUCCAUGAUCCAGAGUAGCGAUUUGAUGGUCCAAGAUUACGACACUCCACCUGAGAACCUUACCUACAACGUCCAGCACAUGUCGGGUGGAUACGUCGCGCUGAAGGAUGCCUACAACAAGAAGGUCCACACUUUCACCCAGCAGAGCAUCAACGAGAAUCUGGUAUAUUUCAUCCACGACAGCAGCAACCAGAAUGGCAGGAUAAUGUUCUACGUGAGUGAUGGUGUCCAUAACACAACGGAACACGUAUUCCACAUCGUGACGAAUCCGGUCGCGCUGGAGCUGGUGAAAAACGAGGUGUUGCACGUGUUCCCCCUUACCCGGAAACAGAUCCUACCGGAGCAGUUGUACUAUAAGUGUUCGGAUGAUGAUCGAGAUGUAAAGUUCGUAGUGACGGUCCCUCCCCAAAUGGGUCGACUGGUUUUUGAGCAUCAGGAGUUUUCCUACACCAACGAGAUCAGUGAAUUUCGGCAGCAUGAUGUGGAGAAUGGAAGAAUAUUUUACGAACACACUCAUCCUAUGGUGGAAUUGAAAACGAACGAUUCGUUCUUUUUUGACGUGACAGCUCCACUGUCCAAUAGUUUGGUUGAUCAGGUUUUCAACAUAGACGUUUCCGUGUCAUCUGGUGGUCUGCUCCGAUUCCUACCUGUACCACGAAUCAACCUGGAUGAAGGUGAGUCGGCGCCAAUCAAACUUGAUCUCUCGAAGGUUCUGGAAUAUCUGGAGACUCGAGCAGGAAUACAGAACCCAGAAUUAUACAUCGAAGUGUUUCCACCGGCUCACGGAAUCGUCGAAUUGGAAGAUUCUAUUCCUGGAAUGAACCGUUUUACACUGAAUGAUUUUUACGUCAACAGAGUUAUCUACAAACAUGAUCAUUCGGAUACUGUUGAGGACAAGAUCGCCCUGGCGGUGAUCUUAGUACCAGGGCAUUUGUUCCUAUGCAACAUCACAAUCCCGGUUACCAUAAAUCCUGUUAACGAUCAACCCUUUCACCUAGUAACAGUGUCUCCACAUAUCUCGGUGAUCGAGGGUGAAAACCAAACAAUCACUUCGUCCCAUUUAUUGACUGAGGAUGCGGACACUGUUCCAAAAGAUAUUGUUUAUGAUGUUAUCACCGGACCUAAUCUCGGCGUUCUCUUGAAAAUCUCCGACGAAGGAUAUCCACAAGACAUCAUCACCUAUGGAAAUCAGUUCUCCCAGGCAGAUAUCAACGAAAAUAGGAUCAUUUACACACAUUCGGGAAAUCCGCAAUCGACGACAUUCUAUUUCAAGGUGUCUGACGGUAAAUUCAAACCUGCUUACGAGAUUUUCAAUGUGAAAAUUCUUCCCAUAACGAUCCUCCCUGGCUUCAACAGUCAACCGAUUAUGGUACAACAAGGUACCAAUCUCGGACUGCUGGAAACGAAACACGUUUCCGUGGAGACGAAUGUUCAAAAGACCCGUAUUGUGUAUAACAUAACCAAAAAUCCAAUGGGGGGAAUUAUCAUUUCCAACAAUAAACCAGUGUUGAAGUUUACCCAGCGGCAGCUGGAGGACGGGAAGAUAAACUACAUGCAAACGGAUAUGACACGUUCGAACGACAGUUUCCAGCUGGAUGCCUACAUACCGGACACGACAUCAGCCUGUCUCAUUGAGGUCAACAUGAUUGUGCAACCGUUUAUCAUAAUCAAUCCAAUCACUAUCACUCCCGGUGAGAGGAUUCGAUUGAGUUCAACGUUCAUCUUCGACAACCCAGCACAGCUGAAACUGAAUCGAUAUAAUCCCAAAAUUACGAUUACACGAAGGCCCAAGUACGGGCGACUGAGGAAGAUCGUCAGAAGUACAGGUCUGGAUUACAUCGAGCAGCCAAGCGAUAAAGACAUAAGUAAUUUCACCUAUAAAGAGUUGAAAAGUGGGGUUAUCUACUAUGUGGCCAGAAAGUUUAAUCAAGAUUUUCAGUCAAUCAAUGACAACUUUGAAUACGUACUGGCCACUAAAACUGCUCAGCCUGGUCAAGGCACCGUCCCGAUCGAAAUUUACUCACCCUCUCGGAACGCCCACGACAGCAACGAUGUUGAUAUCGUCACAGCGGAGAGCAAUCUUCCGUUCGACUAUUUGAUCAUCGCAUGCAUCGCUGCUGCCGUUAUCGUUAUUCUCCUCAUGAUAAUCGUUUUGCUCAAAUGCCGAUCGAACGGUUCCCAGAAAGACCACCCCGACAAAGAUCAUCCUCCGUCGCUUCCAAGACCUCCGGAUUUCAUGACACUAAACAAUCGCAUGUACACACCGUCCGAAAAUGAGUCCCUUCCGGUGACAUCUGCAUCCACCCCGCUGCCAAUCAUCAGCAGUAUCCCUCAUUGCAAGGUCAUCCCGAUCGGGCUCGACAACGCGCUCCAGUUGGACUCCGAACCUGAGGAGGAUAUGAUGGAUAUGCACGGUGAACUUAUGCAGAAUCCCAACAGCCUCAAUUAUCCCUAUGGGGACGAGGGCGACGGUUGGAGUUCGUCUUGUGACAUCGGACCCGAGGUUAACUAUUCCACCGUGGCUCACCAAACCCCCCAACAGCAACAUGCCCAACAACAGCAGCAACUCCUGCCGCAGCAGUCGCAAAAGGCGAACCCACUGCUGAGAAGGAAUCAGUAUUGGGUGUAACAACGAGGGUAUGCUUUGUUUCAAACAGAGAAAAAGAAAACGCUAAGUGUACAGUUUUGUGUGGUUUAACACUCUAAUUUCAUUUGCUUUAUCUAGUUCUUGCAAUUCAUUGUUUUCUGCAUUGCCUGAGGAGUUUGAAUCUCCGUAAAUACUAAAUCUAAAAGAGGGCUCAAUUUGAGCCUAUCAAUACUAUUUCAUUUUUCCUGUUUAUUAUUUACAACAACAAAAAAACCGAUGAAUAUCAAAAUGCCAUGCAAUUUCUAUAUUGCCAAUUAACCUAACUAAGCUGCGCGAAGAGAUUCGACAUCUACGGUUAGUCUGUAGUGCGACUUCAAACGAAUCAUGGAGUGAAAGAGUUUAAUUUUCAAUUUCGAUAGGAAUUUGAAAUAAUGUAUGAAAUAAACUAUGUGUAAGGAACGAUUCUGGG